UUUUUAACCAACUAUUCUUGAACUCUUGUCUCUGGCCUUUUCUUGACUUCGGUUGUGUAAGUGUGUUGAAGUCUUUUGUUUGUCUAGCACAGCCGCAUAAGUAAGAGAACAAUUUUGCGGCUGUGUUAGAGUAUUGUGAAGAGGUGCAAAGAAGGAGAACACUUAUGCGGCUGUGUCAGAGAAUUUUAUACACUUUUAUUUUUUACGUCUUUUGUACAUUUUUCUCUAAACUAACAAUGAAAAUCUUUCGCUUCAAAAUAAAUUCACUUUUUAAAGCCAAAAAACUUGUAAACAAUUAUAUCGUUUUAGUAUAG